AUGGCUUCAGCAGCAGUAGCUUCUGCAAAAUCGCUUAUUAAAAAAAAGUUAUUUCUCCACGCCAAUUCCCCACCUAAAUUCUCUCCCUUUUGCUUUUCCAUUUCAACAACUACAGCCGCUCUCAAGAACAAGAAUAAAGAUGCCAAAAUUCAAAAGAAGGAGCAGAAAUGGAAUAGCGAAGCAAAUUUAUUGGUGAAGAGACGAACGCGAUCGGAUAAGGAGCUGGACGAGGAGAUUUUCUUGAAGCAUUAUGGAAAUGGAGAUUCUGUUCAUGUCCCGGUCAUGCUUGGUGAAGUUCUCGAUGUGUUUGCUUCGGUGCGCCUUGAGUCUUUCGUGGAUUGUACUCUCGGUGCAGGAGGCCAUUCCUCUGCGAUAAUUAAGGCCCAUCCAGAGAUGAAAUUAUAUGUUGGACUAGAUGUUGAUCCUGUUGCACACGAGAUGGCUCAAUCUCGGUUAAAAGGGAUCGUGCACAAAGAUUCUUGUGACAGAACUUCAGACUUACAAGUGCAUACUUUUUUGAAGAACUUUAAAAGUAUUAAGUCUGUACUUCAUGAGAUUGAUGGGGAAGUUUUGGCUGCUGGUGUUCAUGGGAUUAUAAUGGACUUGGGAAUGUCAUCCAUGCAGGUAAACAAUUAUGAAAGAGGAUUUAGUGUGCUCAAUGAUGGGCCUCUUGAUAUGCGAAUGAAUCCUGAGGCAAGUUUGAAAGCAGAAGACAUUUUAAAUUCGUGGCCAGAUUCUGAAGUAGGACGGAUUUUACGUGAUUAUGGAGAAGAAAGUAAUUGGCACUCUCUUCAAAACAAAAUUGCCAAGGCUCGUUUAACCGGUGGACUUCAUUCUACUAGAGAACUAGUUGACCUAAUUCGGAACUCAACUUCUUGGACAAGAGGAGGUAGACAAGGUUGGAUUAAGACAGCAACAAGAGUUUUUCAAGCUUUGCGAAUAGCAGUCAAUGAUGAACUCAACACACUUAAAGAUUCCAUUCGUGCCUCUUUUGAUUCCCUUGCUUCCGGAGGAAGGCUUGCUGUCAUCUCAUUCCAUAGUCUGGAAGACAGAAUUGUAAAGCAAGCAUUUCUGAAUAUCGUGAACUGCAGUGAAGGUGAUUCUAUAAAAACUGAUACUUCCGACAGUGAAAAGGAAGCUUGGAUUAAACAGAUAGUACGAGGCCGGGAUGCAACUAUUUUGACGAAGAGACCCAUAACACCAUCCGAAAAAGAGGAGAAACUGAACACCCGAAGUCGGAGUGCUAAACUUAGGGUGAUUCAGAAGAUGUGA